AUGCCUGUCCCCAUGCCUUCCACCACCUCACAAUCCACCCCGGCGACGCAGUCUUCAGCUGCUGCGCAGACGGCGCACAACGUACAGAAUGCGGCUACGCAAGCUCUAGCGAGCGCGACCCACAGUGAGAAAACCGAGCAGGAGAAGGAAGCCGAGCGACGAUACGAGGAGGCGAUGGAGGAGGAGUACGCUAAGAGGGAGGGUGGAGCUUAG